UAGUUCAAACAACUGUGUCAACCGUGACAUUGUACCAUGGACAUCGUGAAGUUUUUGGUUUACGAGAGAGAGACCACGACGUCCACAGGUCCAAUUACACGGUCGAGAUCAAAGACGAUGAUGUAGUGGCUGAUCUACAAGUGUUCAUUGCGGCACAACUCAAUGCGAUUGCCCCUAUGAUUGCACUAUGGAAGGCAUCCGAGGCAUCCAAGAGCUUCGGUAACGUUUGCGCGAUAAUAACAACAGACUCGACCAGUUCUGUGACACGAUAGCGCAAAAACAGUGUUAAUUGCUGAACUAUUCCCGGGUCCGCCUACUCGGGUGGUGGCGGGGCCUCCGAAAAAAGAGGAUAUUGUCGGACAUUUAUGGAAAACGUUCGACAACGUCAUGAAUGGGGCAUUGACUGGCAAGUUUCCGUCGGCCAACACGAAGACAGACAAUUAUUGCGCUCACCAGGGGCAGGAAACACCGAUCCUCGAUGGUUGUUAUACUAGGAGUCUUGCUCCCCCUAUCGAACCAUAUCAUCAUGUGUUCGCUGAGUUUAAAGUUAAUAUUCGCGACACGUCCCUCCAUGCACCACCAUCGUUCGCCCCCGCUUCCCAAAUUGGUACGACUGAAGGUAACCACGAGAAAGUAACUCAAUGAUAUUUGCCAAACAUUUUGUGCCAUGGAUCUAUUCAGGGUGCUAAUCGCAAUAAGAUUUCGUCAAAUCACUUCACCUUAGCCACUCGCACUUUGCAUCCCUCCGAAAUUGCCAUAGUCGUGUUGGCGGAGGAGAAAACCGAGCUGGGCUGGAGACGGAGUGCGUCGUCAGUCUUUCUGCAUCUGCAUGUUUGGCUUGAUAUGCUUUCUUUAUGAUCGUGAUGGGAUAUGUUGAGGGUCAGACGGCAGUGUCAACGUAUAGCGACCGCCAAGUCCCGGAGGUAGUCCGGGACUCUGUUCAAAGGGCCGCCAGAUACCAGACAGCUCAAUGGUUCAUGGCGAUUUGCGCAAGCCGAACAUCUUUAUUGUGAAGGGUGAAGAAGUCGAGGAAGAUAAGUUAUGAUUAUUGAUUUCGACUGGGCAGGUAGGAAUGGGGAAGUGAGGUGCCCAGUGCAUUUAUCGCGCGAUACUAUGGAAUGGGUGCUCAUUACAAUUGAGCAUGAUAUGGGAAUGGUGGACCGUUACCACACGCAGAAGUGUAUUCGUGUUACGAGAGUGUCUGAUGGAGUUUGAAGCACUAGUUACCUCCCUAUAGUAUUACAACAUACUGCCCAGUCGAUUUCUCCAUAAUUAAAUAACUUUCACCAUCUGCACAGCACCAGUGCUACCAUCCUAGUCACUGUAUACAGGAGAAUGACAUAUGAUUCAAGA